AUGGGGCCUACGGUCGGCGCCGGCGAGGACAAGGCCAUGUCAGAGCUCCGGGAAAAACAUCGUGUGGACCUGGAGAAGCUAACAAUUACAUCACGACCGUUCAAGACAUUGGCAUUCUUUGGGUUAGCCAUUGCUCAGAGUUUGGAAAGAACGUGUUCAUCUGUUCUGAAAAAAGGUUCUCGGUUAAAAAUCGCAAUGCUUUUGGUUGCUGCUACUUGGGUUCUGCUCUUGUUCACUGAUGGCCUGCAUGAAAAGCAUCUACAGGAGCUACUUUGGUAUGUCAGGUUUGGAUUGUGGUGGAUCAUACUAGGGGUUGCUUCAUCGAUUGGAUUAGGUUCUGGUUUGCACACUUUCAUAAUGUAUUUAGGUCCCCAUGUAGCCCUGUUUACUAUCAAAGCAGUUCAGUGUGGUAGGGUUGAUUUAAAAAGUGCUCCCUAUGACACUAUUCUCCUUAAAAGGAGCCCAUCCUGGUUGGAGAAAGACUGUCUGCAGUUUGGACCCCCAAUUUAUCAUGAAACAAUUCCAUUCAGCAAAAUACUGCAAGAAGUUUGUCUCGAAGCUGUUCUUUGGGGCAUUGGAACUGCACUUGGAGAGCUUCCUCCAUAUUUUCUCUCAAGAGCAGCUAGCAUGUCAGGCCGUGUAAUUGAUGGGUUAGAAGAUUUGGAUGCUUCCAUUUCAGAAGGUUUUCUAUCAUCAACUUUACGUCAGGCCAAACGAUGGCUCAUGUCUCAUUCACAGCAUUUAAGCUUCACUCUAAUAUUGCUACUUGCUUCGGUGCCAAACCCUCUAUUUGAUCUUGCUGGUAUGUUGUGUGGACAAUUCAACGUCCCUUUCUGGAAGUUUUUUCUAGCAACUUUGAUUGGAAAGGCUAUCGUUAAAGUUUGUAUCCAGACUACAUUGGUGAUUACUCUCUGCAAUAACCAACUUCUUGAUUUGGUGGAGAAAAGGCUUAUAUGGGCAUUUAGCAAUGUUCCUGGAGUGGCAUCUGUCCUUCCAUCUUUAGUUUCCAAGCUGAAGAUGGCCAAAAUUAAGUUUUUAUCAGCCCAUGUUGCUGCAUCAGCUUCUAGUUCUGUUAAGGGAAAGAAGUGGAAUCUGUCAUUCUCUUUGGUCUGGAAUACCCUGGUGUGGCUCAUGGUUGUAAACUUCAUUAUCCAGAUAGUUACUUCUACAGCACAGGGUUAUCUCAGGACACAGCAGGAGCAAGAGAUCAGUAAAAAGUUGGAAACCGAGCUUUCUGUCUCUGAACCUUCUUCUGGCUUACCAAAAUGA